AUGAAUUAUGCUUUGCGAUUGUCAAAAAAUGAGUAUAAAGGGCCACUAGGCGAAAAAGAAUACUUUGAAGAUGUUGAAGAAGAAAAAAAAAAAAUAAAAGAGUUAAUUGAAAAAAUAAAAACUAGUAACUAUAUAGUUGUGCACGCAGGUGCUGGUAUAUCAACGAGUUGUGGUCUACAAGAUUUUAGAGGUCCUACAGGAAUAUGGACAAAUGAAUUUCUUAAAGAAGUAAAAAAUAAAAAAAAAAAACAAAAACAAAAAAAGAAAUGUUUAGAAGUAAAAUAUGAUAGUUCAAGUAAUUCAUCCAUAAAUUAUUCAAUUAAUAAAAAAGAAAAAAGUGAUAUUAAUUUUAUUAAAAAUGAAAAAAAAAAAAAAUUAGAUACAAAUAUUAAAUGUGAAAAAGAUUCAGAAGAUAAUUUAGAUGAAAACAUUAGUUUUACAAACGUACAAGACAACGCUGAAAAUUUGUUAAAUAAUAAUAGUAAACUUUUAUUAAAUAAUGAUAAUCUGAUUAGUAAAAAAAGACAUAAUGAAAAUUGUAAUAUAAAUAAUUUAUGUGAAAAUUCAAAAAAUACACAAUUAAAAGAGACUAUAUUAAAUAUUAAGAAAGAAGAUCCAUUAGAAAAAUUUAACAAAAAUAAAGGAAGUUCUGAUGAAGAGAAAAUUAAAAUAAAAAAAGUUCAUAAUGACGAUAACGAAUCAAAUGUAACAAAUUUUUUAAGCUCGGAGAAGUUUGUAAUAUUUGGGAAAAGGAAAAAAAAAGUUAUAGAUCUUCAUUUAGCUUUACCAUCUAAAACACAUAUUAUGAUAAAAGAAUUAAUGAAUAAAAAUAUUAUAAAAUUUUUAAUAACUCAAAAUAUAGACUCACUACAUUAUCGAUGUGGUACAAAAUUUUCAAAAAUAGCAGAAAUACAUGGAAACAUUUUCAUUGAGAGAUGUGAUUUUUGUGGUAGAAGGUAUUUAAGAGAUUUUGUUAUACCUACUAUAAGUUUUAAACCUACAGGUUCUUUAUGUUUUUUAUGUUCUUUUCCACCAGUAGGAAUAUGUACUGAUGUUCUAUUAGAUUGGAACAAUUCCUAUGAAGAUUUUUUUCAUCAUAAUUCUAUCAAACAUUCUCAAAAAGCUGAUUUUCAUUUUUGUCUUGGUUCUAGUUUUUAUAUAGUACCAGCUAGUUAUUAUCCUUCAAAAAAAAAAUUUGCAAAUAAAAAUUCUUAUAGUUGUUUAAUAAAUUAUCAAAAAUCUUUUUUAUCAAAAGAAGUUAACUUAAAUUUGCAUUCAAAUGUAAAUAAUGUUUCAGACAUCAUUAUCAAAGAAUUUUCCCUUAAUCCAUUAUCAAUUAGAAAUGCAAAAAUUGUUAUAGUAAGAUGCCAAUUAAGCAAUUUUGAUUUACUCUAUGAUAACAUAAUUACAAUAAAAAAUAUGGAAAAAAAUUCGUAUAAAUCAGAGAUAUCUAAAAAGAAAAACAAUAAUUACAACGAAAAUAAUUCAGAAAACGAAGAAACUGAAAAUUUUUCUUUCACUAAUAUGGAAAAUAAUUUAAAUGAAGAAAUACAUCUGAACAAUGGUGAAGAUGAUUUAAAUAAAAAGAAAGAAAUUAACAACACAAUUAAUAAUGAGAGUCAUCAUAAUAUAUUUAAUAAUGGACAAAAAAAUAACAAUACUUUUAAAGAACAAAUAUUUUUAAUAAAAUGUUCUAUGAUUAAAAAUAUAAAAACUGUAAGUACUGAUAGUAUUUAUGAGGUAUCAAUAAAGAAAUUAGAUAGAAUUAAAGGUAUAUGGCUAAUAAAAUCAAAAUCUACGUGUUUAUUAGAAGUUGAGUUGUGGUAUAAUUCUUUUAUUUUAUUAAAAUUAAUUUGCAGUGGAUACAGUUCUUUUAUUGAAUUAAACACAUGGAAUGUUCAUGUUGCAUACACAUAUGGUGAUGAUAUAGAUGAUAUGGAUGAAGGUAACAAUAACAAAGAAAAUUUUAAAAAUUUUAACUUGUAUAAAAAUAAAUAUAUAAAUGAUAAGAGCACAGAGCAGUUUUAUGAGAAUAAUUCUAAUAAAAUUGAAAAUACAGAUCAGAGAUUAUUAAAUGAUAAAAAUGUUAAAUUAAAUAAUAAUAAUAUUAAUCAUGAUAAUUCAAAUUCAUAUGAUAAUUUUAGUGGAAACUUAGAAAAUUACUAUAUCUCAGAAAUUUUGAAUGAACAUGUUCAUGUUGGUUAUAAUCCAAAUAAUUUCCUAGCAGAAUCAAAAGUUGAACUUUUAGCAAUUUUAAGUAGGGAAAACCUUUUUAAAAAUGAAUGUUAUAUGCCGUUUGAAUUGCCUAAUUCAUUCAAACUUUUAUACAAUUUAUUUUGUAUAAUAAAUAAAUAUAAUGAAGAAAAAAUUAGUUAUACACAAAAUGAAAAUAAUGAUAAAUAUGAGAUAUUUAUAAAAAAUUUUAACUUAUCAAAAGAAUUAAAUUUUUAUACUAAUGAUUUCAUAAAUUCAUUUAUUAAAAAGGAAACGUACACUAAUAAUAACCGUUAUAAAUUUAGAGAAAGAAAAAAAAGAAAAUUAUUUGAUUAUAGUUCUUGUUCUGAUGAAAACGAAGAAAAAAGAACUUUUAUUUUUUAUGACCUGUAUAUGAGUGAAAACAAACAAACUCAUAAAAUUAAAAUUAAUAAAGAAUUAGUAAAAAAUAAUUUAGAUAAUAAUAAUUCAUUAGGAGAUAGUUAUUCCUAUGAAAAUAACGCUUUAAGAGAAAAUAAUAACUUAAUGAAAAAUGUUGAAAUAAAAAAACUUAUCAAAAUAAAUACUAAAAAUGAUAUUGAAUAUACGAAUACAUCAAAAGUUAGAACUAUAGAAACGUGUGAAAGAAAAAGUCAUACAAAAAAUUGUUCAUCAGAAAAUGAAGAUAAUAUUAAUAAUUAUGACAAUGUAAUUGGUAAUAAAAAUUAUGAAAAUAAUGAUAAUAAUAUGUAUAAUAAUGAAAAUAAGGUCAACCAUAAUAAAUACUCUGAUGAAUAUAUUAUAAAAAAUGAUUUAAAUGAACAGAUGAUAUUAGAUGAGGACAUUAAAGGAAACAAUUCAGUUAGAAAGAAACUUCACAAAGAAAAUUUUGAAGCAAAUAGUAAUAUAUCAGAUAAUAAAAUAGAUAAAUAUUAUAUAGAAAAUUACACAAAUAAGGAAAAUGAAUUAAAAGAUAAUAAUUUUAAUUCACAACUAUUAUUUUGUCCUACUAUUUUCAUAAAUAAUAAGCACAAGCUUGGAGAACUAGUAACCAGAGUUCCUAAAUAUAUUAAACCUAAAAGAAUAUAUACCCCAUAUAAAAAAAUUAAGAAAGAUAAAAGAUUUUCUAACACUCUUCAGAAAUGUAGAUAUGAAAUAUGGCAAAAAAAAUAUAAUGAAAUAAUAAAUAAUAUAGAUGAAGAACAUAUGAUUGAUUCAACUUUAUACAAAGAAUUAUGCUAUCUUCCACUUUGGAUUUUAAAUUACGUUAACGAUUUAUUUGAAUGCUUGUAA